CACACACACACACACACACACAGCAGACACCGGUAGGCAGGCAUUCAGGAGGGCAUCCACGAUCCAUCCAUGAAGUUGCAGGCAUACCGAGGCCAAAAUGAGUUAUCUAUAGCAGUGGACAAAUACGAACAAGGGCAGCUCAUCCAUCAGACUAACGCGCCAAACAAACGAACAAAGGCCUCUGCCUACAGAUCAGGAGAGUCAGUGAGAAGAGCUUGCACACACAGCACACAACUAACUAUAUGAAAACUAAUACCAACACAAAUGCAAAUACUAUAUCGCCCGCUCAGAGAGAGAGAGAGAGAGAGAGGCGCCACCACGCACAGCAGCACGCGCGCACAGCAACCGACAAUCGACAGGCAGGUAAAGGUGUGGUAUGGAUGGGUUAAAUAGGCUGUGAAAAACACGCCACACGCACUGCACCGCACUGCACACGCCUCACUCACUCACUCGACUGACUAUGUCGGCAGUGUGCUGUCGGGCAGGAAGCACUGUUCUUUCUUCUCGUCGUAGCAGCACCCCCGCUUCCGGCACUGGUCGCCGCCCAGCCCCCUCCCGCACGCCAGCCGCCUUUUGCCAACGACACUGCACGUGUCCCCAGCGUGGAAGCACAAGGGCUGCCCCUGAGGGCCCUGCGGGUCCCAGCAGCAGCCACGCGCCUGAAGACAGACAGAACACACACGGACAGAGAGAGGAGAGGAGGAGUGCAACGGGCGUGUGGGGCCGCGCUUCCUUCCUCACCUCGCAGGCCUGCUUGUUGGUGCCGGGCGUCCCACAGGCGGCCCUGGUCUCCUUGCCCCACGCUGCACACACAUUCCCCUGCUGCUGCCCGUCCUUGCCUGAUGCCCCACCAUGAAGUGGCCUGAAGCACCAGGGCUGUCCCUCCCUCUUCCCCCCGGCAAUGCCAGGCGGCCGAUAACAACACCCCCGCUGCUCGCACUGUUCCUGUGUGAUGAACCCCUGCCCCUCCGUGCAGUCGUGUCUCUCCUUUUCUGCCGCCACGCACAUGGCGCCCCUGGACACGCACCAUGGCGAGUCGACGACGUUGGACCGGCCGAUGGAUGUGCCGCCCUUGUCGAGUGCGACGGCCUUGUAGCGGACACAGCUGUUGACGGGCGAGUGGGUGUUGUGGUGGGGCAGGGUGACGAUGGUCUCAAAGUGCUCGCGGGGGACGGAUGUGACGAGCUGAAGCGGGCUGCCCAGCUGGCCGGCCUUGACCUUCCAUGUGGCCACCUCUGUCGCGCCAUUCCUGUGCACAGGAGGGAGGGAGGGAGACACAGAUGCCAUUCAUCAAUGGGAUGUAUCAGUGUCUGCUGACGCGGCCCACCAGCUGAAGUGCAGUCUCGGUGGGUCGGUGUCUGCGUUGAGGACUAGUGUGGGUUUGCCCUCCCCCCUGCUGGCCCAGGGGCUCUUGAGUGCCCUGUAGGCCAUGCCGUUGGCGAACCGGAACUCCAGCAGCUUGCUGCCGUCACGGCUCACCUCGGUGUAGAAGGGCUCGCUCUGCGGCUCCACACCCGCCCAACUGAUCACCUUGUUGCCGUUGCUCAACGUCUGUGGUAUACAUAUACCAGACAGCGCAUGUGGUGAUGAAGGUGUCGGAGCUAGAGUGCCCUCUCACCUGCACAGACCCCAUUGCGUAGCCGUAACGAGGCUGCAGCAUUAAACCAAAGAAGAGCCGUCCUCUGCUUUAAGCGUGCCAUGGUUGGCUCAGGUCAGCUCAGCUCACACACCGACCGGGUCGUGUUUAUACUCCCACACGAGUUUGGCCUUCAUGCUCUUCUCGUCGAGGUGGAACUCCAGUGCCCGCGACUCCUCCGGCGGGUGCUCGUUGUGGUUAUCGUACACCGUCAACACACCGGGCUCUGUCAUACGGGCGGAGUGCUGCCUGUAAUGAAGGCAACACACACACCCACACACAGACAGAGAGACACACACACACGCACAGGUGGGGUGGCUGAGCUGCGUGGGUGACGUGAGGUGACGUACCAGUAGAAGGGGUUGUCAAGGUCGAAUGAGUUGGACGUCUCUUUGGUGCCGCCGAACCGCCAGAUGACUUUGCCUGUCUUGCGGUCGACUUUGAUCACCUGCGACAGGUGACGAAACGACACCAAAAUGUGACCGUCGGGCGUCCAAUCCUGAAUGCACACACACACACACACACAAACACGCCCGCAGACAUGAAUCUCCCUCAUCCGUCUCUCUCUCUCUCUCUGUGUGUGUGUGUGUGUGUGUGUGUGUUUGGCUGACCACAGAGUUGGCGUGGAGGUGGUCGACGGACUCCUGGCCCCUGUCGAAUUUCUGCUCGGUGAUCUUGAACUGGUCGUAGAGGUGGUCCCAAGAGGACCACUGAAACACCGUCCGUCCGUUGGGUUCUAGCUCCUGGAUGAUGACGCCCAGCGCCUGGCCAGCGGGGCUGCCCCCGAAUGCCGCCAUGUUCUUGUGCCGCUUGUCGUUGGCAAGGAUCAGACGGUGACCCUUCUUGUCGAUCUGGAUGCCGUGACCAUUCGACGCAUAACCUGGGUGGGUCAACAAAUGCAUGCCACACGCACACACGGUGGGUGCGUGUGGAAGCGUCUCAUUGCAUUCAUUGUGUCGGCCGUCCCGCUCCGCUCACCGACCGUACGUACCGUAUUUGGGUGUGAUGAAGUCGACCUCCUUGUACCUCGAGUUGAGCACCACCCACCCAUUCCUCGCCCGGUCGUGGUACGUCACCUGUCCGUUGUCGUGCAGCUUGAGGUCCCUCACGCUCCAGCCGUGCCACCCCUGGUUGGAGUAGUCGAAACGGUGCCACCACACGGCGUCGCCGCUCUGUCCGUCGAGGAUGAGGAGGAAGUCGUGGGAAACGUGCUCCGGGUGCCGUAUGUGGGCCGUGAAAAUGUGGCCGGCCGCCGUGCCGGGCUGACGGGGCUGCGUCACUAUCACCUAGGGAGAGGGAAGACAGAUAGCAUGCAGGGGGAGGGCUGGUUGUUCUGGGGGUGUGGUGUGGUGUGGGUGUACCUGUGGGUGGUCUGGUGGCAGCGUGAGGUACUCUGAUAGCGGCAGCCGAGCCUCGCCCUUCCCCGUCUUGUUGUCCCCCUUUCCAUCGGUCUCGGCCUCGGCCCAUGCGCCCAUGGCCGCCUCCCACUCAUCCCAUGGAUCGUACACAGGGUACGUUUCAGUGUCAGCAGCGUCGGCAGCCUUUGGAGUCUCCUCUGCUUCCGCGUCAAGAUCGCUCUCCUGUUCCUCUUCCUCCAGUCCUUUCUCGUGGUCCCUUUCUUCUUUCUGUGCUGCCUCCUCCGUUGGCGUGCUCUCAUCAUGCCAUGUGUCGUGGCCGUCGUCCUCCUGCGGCUGACCGGUCAUUGUGGUGUCGUUGAAUUCCCCUAUUGUCGGCUCAUAAUCAUAACCCACAUCUGUGUCGGGCUGUGGCUCCUCUGCUGCUGUGUCGGUCUCUUCUAUCGGGUAGUCAUCAUCCUCGCCGUCAUCGCCCUCAUCGCCCUCAUCCUCAUCCGUAUAGUUGGCGACACUUCUCCACUCUCCUCCUCCUCCCUCCUCCCGCUGAUUCUUUAGAAGGAUGUCGAAGACGGUCUCCCACAGGCUGUUGAGGGGGGCGCUGUGCCGUGAGGAGGAGCUGUCAUUCUGGGCGAGCCGCUGCGGCAGCGAUACGUCGGCGCCGUCCUCGCUCAGCGCCUGACCAAAUAUCGUCUCGUUGAUGCGGAACGUUUCCUUGCUCGCAUCGAACAUGUCCCCACUGGCCGUCUUGAAGCUCCACUGGAACGAUUGCCCGUUGUCCGUUUGCCUGGCGGUCACGGUCACUAUCUCGUUAGUGUCGAAGGGCUCGUCGGGGGUGAAGAUGAGGGUCUCGCCGUCGUCGCUUUGGUCAAGCGUCCCUUCCUUGAAGCCGCUCCGGGCGCCCUCUGCCGUGAUGUCCACAUCCCUUUUGCCAAGCCCGCUGUCCUUUGCCCGCAGGAGGAUGUUGGUCAGCGGCGACGCGCCCUUGCUGCCGGCGAGGGGGAACACAUACGCCGCGAAGCCCUGUGAGGCGCUUGAUGGCGGCUUCUUGUCGGGUCGCAGGUGAAGUUCUUUCUUCUUUCCUGCGAGAGCCGUCGCUAGAAGCCCCAGGAUUAAGGUCAGGUGGCCCCAUAGCCACAUGUUUGGAACCCCCCUUUACUGCUGCCUCGUGCACGGGACCCUCUCCCACCUGUUCA